AUGUCGACAAUCAUACAUUUUUUUAUAUCAUUAUUUUAUUUCAGUAUGUUUUGUCUGAUAUGCAGUGAUUUAAGUGAAUCUUUAAGAAAAAUACCCACGAUUGAAGCUAAUGUCACAAAUGACGAUGUCACGGAAACGCAGCACACCAUUUGUAAGAUUGCAACGGAAGAUGUGGUCGCGAAUGCACGUGCCACUGUUACAACAGUAUUCUCUGGAGCUUGUAAAGCAAAGGCAAUGGAUGAAAAAUUUGCAAAACUGGAAAAAAUAUUGAUGAAGGAACUUAUGGAUAUUAAAUGGUUACUUCGCAACAUUUUGGAGCAGCAGCCGGAUUAUCUAAAAAAUAUACAAAGCGCUAAUCUUUACGAUGGAAUAUUCGAUGAUUAUUUGUCACCGAGGCAAGAUGAGAUUGAUAAAUUCAACAACACUGUACAAAAUUUAUCAACAUCAAAUAGUUCGACAAGAACAUUCAUCUAUUAUUGGCAAAUAAAAAACUUCGACGAGAUGCUAAUGAACUGGCAAACCGGUCGCUCGAUGCGCAGUCCUACUUUUUAUGCGGGUCAAAGCGGUUACGCCAUGUAUUUGAAAAUCACGCCAAAAUAUUUUCCCGAUGGCACAAUUUUUAUGGGGGUCGGAUUGACGCGCGGCCGUUACGAUGCCAUUCUCGCGUGGCCUUUUCCACACAGGAUUCGCCUUGAGGUUUUGGAUCAUUCUUUGGAAGGCGUGCGCGAGGAUCGACGAUCUCGAAUUUGGGAUCCGGCUACACUUUGCACAGAAAAAUUUUGGGGUAGACCCGUGGGAAAGGCAGAUAAUCCAGAAUGCGUUGGAUUGAGUAUUUCCAGACGUGUUAUUCGAUCAAAAUCGUUAUCAAUUAUAUCUCAACGGCAUUUAAGAAAUGCAAAAUAUAUAUGGAAUGGAAGUGUUCUAAUAAAACUUAAUGUUUAUCUGCAAAUUAUUUAA